CUAGGGUUCCAUGCCUCACUUCUCCCCACAUCUCUCUCUUUCUCCCUUGUCUGAUUCUCAUUCCAUUUUUCCAUUUUUCCCUUUUUUACUUUUUCAUUUCUGGUUUCCAAACUCAAUUUUUGGUCCUCACAAGUUAUAAUUGGAAGUUUAUUUUUGAUCCAGGAACUUCAAUUGGAAGAAAAAUUGGGUUUCUGAUUCCAAUUUUUCAAAUUGGAUACAAUUCAAUUUUUUAGGGUUUUCUUAUUUUUUAGAAAUUGGAUUUUGAGAAACGGGUAUGGGAAAGGGAAAUUCAGGAUUUUAAAUUCUGGGUAUUGUAAUUGAAGAUAGAAAGUUUUCAAAUUUGGUGGAAAGUUUUGGAUUUGUUGAAUUUGAUUUUUUGCAACUGUGUCUGUGAGAUUUUUUUUUGGAUUGUUCUAUGUGAGAAUGCCAGCGACGGACUAUCAAGGUUCGUCUCCGUCGUCAUCGCUAACUCAGUUUGGCCGUUCAAUCUUCAGCACCAACCGUCGUGAUCAGGUUCACUCCAUGGAAGGUGGUUCAACCUUGGAGCAUGAGCUUGAGUCCUUUCAGCAACAUGUCACUGAUCGGUUCCUUGAUCUCUCUUCAGCUGGUCCUGACGAUUUGCUCUCGCUUUCUUGGGUUGGGAAGCUUCUUGAUCACUUCCUCUCUUGCCAGGAAGAGUUCAAGGCCAUUCUCAAUGCACACAAGGCACAGGCGUUGAGACCCCCCUUGGAUCGAAUGGUCGCUGACUAUUUCGAACGGAGUGUCAAGGCUUUGGAUGUUUGUAAUGCAAUUCGUGAUGGGAUUGAGCAGAUUCGUCAAUGGCAGAAGCUCUUAGAGAUUGUGCUCUUUGCAUUAGGGGGGAAUCAGAGAAGCAUUGGUGAGGGUCAAUUUCGUAGAGCGAAGAAGGCUCUCAUUGAUUUGGCAAUUGGGAUGCUUGAUGAUAAGGAUUCCAAUGCUUCUGUUUCGCAUCGAAACCGGUCUUUUGGCAAGAGUAGAGACAAUCAUCAGAGUCAAAAUCAUAACAAUAACAACCAUCACCAUCGAUCUUUGGGGCAUUUUCGGUCACUUUCAUGGAGUGUUUCUCGUACUUGGUCUGCUGCAAGACAGCUCCAAGCAAUUGGGAACAACACGUAUCCGCCUCGAGCGAGCGAUCUUGUUGCAUCUCAUGGCCUUGCUAUGCCUGUGUUCAUCAUGAAUUCGAUCCUGUUGUUUGUGAUGUGGGCUCUUGUGGCUGCAAUUCCAUGCCAGGACCGUGGAUUGCACGCGCAUUUCACCAUUCCGAGGAAUUACACAUGGGCUGUUCCAUUGCUCUCUCUUCAUGAGAGGAUCUUCGAGGAGUCGAAGAAGCGGGAGCGGAAGAAUGCUUGUGGUUUGCUCAAGGAGAUUUAUCAGAUUGAGAAAUGUGCUAGGGCCAUGAAUGAAUUGGCUGAUUCUGUGCAGUUCCCAUUGACAGAGGAGAGGGAAGGGGAAGUUAGGAAGAGAGUGCAGGAGGUUUCACAAGUUUGUGAUGCUUUGAAGGAUGGACUUGAUCCUCUGGAGCGCCAAGUGCGGGAGGUUUUCCAUAGAAUUGUUCGCAGCCGAACGGAAGGGCUUGACUCUCUUGGAAGGCCAAACAAUGCUGAGUAAAUUGGUGGAUGCUCAAAUGAAAAUAGAAGUUGAGAUAACAUUAUCAUCUAAUUUUUCUGCCAUGGUAAUAGAAGGCUAUGAAAAGAAGAUGCAAGAGAUUGAGAAUGGAGAUAACAAGAGGAAGAAAGGCUGAGAUUUGUGAUUUCAAUUGAAGAUUAAGCCAACAAUAAAGUGGUAAGGGGGAGGAUUCUUGCACUUAAGAACCAAGUCUAAUGUAUAGAAUUUAGGAUAUUUGAAGUGGAUUCUUGUGAUCUAUGCUGUUUGCAUUCCUCCCUCUUGUUUUUUGUCUUUGUGAUGUUGCUUUGUCUAAUCCAUUUUCUGUAUUACUUGCUGCAACCUCACUGGGGCUGAUUUUGUUCAUGAAUAUCUAGUAGAUAAAUUUUAUUUUUUUGGUCCA